GCUUUCCCCAGAGCUUGAGACCAAAGGCUCCUCGAACCCGCGUGCUGGGUGGACAAUCCUCCAAUCAAAGAGUCUCUAUCCGAUGGAGAAGGCCGAAUCGGCCAAUCAGAGGGUCCUUGCCGGAAGACAGAGUCUGCCAAUCAAGAGUGCCGGCGGGGAGGGGCGGAAACGGUCAGAUCUUACUGGUGGGGGCCGAGCCGUGAGAUGGGAGCGACGCUUGCUGCUGAGCACUCCGUUUGUCAGUUACCUCAGUUUCCCUGCGAAUAAGAGAAGACUGGACCGAGACCCUAGCAGGAAGUCAAAUUGAGGCUGGGAGGUCGACCUGGUUGGCUGGCUGGCGGAGGCGGUGUCGGUUUGGGGGCGGGGUUUCUCCUGGCCCCGCCCCCAAUAGCUCAACACCAGUUCUCUGCCGCGCGCGCUGCCGCCAGUGGUGCCGGCUCCCGGCUAUGGACACCCCUGGGGCCCCGGCCCCGACCGCCGCCCCGGCCCCAGGCAGGAAGGAGCUGAAGAUCGUGAUCGUGGGCGACGGCGGCUGCGGCAAGACUUCGCUGCUCAUGGUGUACAGCCAGGGCUCCUUCCCCGAGCACUACGCCCCAUCCGUGUUCGAGAAGUAUACAGCCAGCGUGACAGUGGGCAGUAAGGAGGUGACCCUGAACCUCUACGACACCGCCGGGCAGGAAGAUUAUGACCGGCUGCGGCCCCUGUCCUACCAGAACACCCACCUCGUGCUCAUCUGCUAUGAUGUCAUGAACCCUACCAGCUAUGACAAUGUCCUCAUCAAGUGGUUCCCUGAGGUCACGCAUUUCUGCCGUGGGACCCCCAUGGUGCUCAUCGGCUGCAAGACCGACCUGAGGAAGGACAAGGAGCAGCUGCGCAAGCUGCGGGCGGCCCAGCUGGAGCCCAUCACCUACAUGCAGGGCCAGAGUGCCUGUGAGCAGAUCCGAGCUGCCCUCUACCUGGAAUGUUCCGCCAAGUUUCGGGAGAACGUGGAGGACGUCUUCCGAGAGGCUGCCAAGGUGGCCCUCAGUGCUCUGAAGAAAGCGCAUCGGCAGAAACACCCCCGGCUGUGCCUGCUGCUCUGACACCCCCGGGCGGGGCACUCGGCCCUCAUGACAGACAGAACCAACGGGCCCGGGGCCUCAGGCCCAGACUGCUCCCCAGGUCCUGCCCCCUUCCCAGCUCUCGAAGGGCACGUGGAGUCGGGUGUUUCCAGGGCCUGGUGUCUGGAGCCUGUGGCUAGGCUCUUAGAACAUUCUGGAACUCUUUUCCCAGCUGGGGCUUUGACUGUGAGCUGCCCUCUGGGCUCACACAGGAGCUGUGGCCUGCGUGGUGGUGGUGAUGGGUGAGGAUGCUGGACUCGGUCCCUCUGUACCCUGGAACCAGCCUUUGUCCCCAGGACUCAGGAAUGCCCUUGACACAACCUCCCCCGAGCUGUGUGUCCCUUCUGCACACCCAGUAGGUCCUCAAAGCCCAUGCUUGAAAAACAUCUGGUAUUUGGGUAAACACAGACGUGGCAGCGUUCCGCACGGCCCCCAAGCCUGCUCUCCCGUCACCCGCCGGCCUGGGCUCCGGAGAUAGGCAUGGCUACAUCCUCCAGCUUCUUGCUUCCUCCCCCCAGGAACUUGGGUGCCGUGACGGGCUGGGGCCUAUCAGGAGAACACAGGCAGCAGCCCCGGAUGUGGGGGCCCGGCACCAGCACCCCCGCCCCUCCGCCCCACACAGGGGACUUCAGUCUCAGCCUGCAGCUUGGCCACCAUCUUUGCAUUGCUGGGCGCACAUGAGGGCGGGGAGGACCUCUCAGAAAGAAGAAGUAUUCCCUGGACCAUCCACCUGCCCCCAACUACUUGCCAGAAACUCGAGAUGAAAAGUGACCUUGGGCAAGUCAGGUCUCUAUAGACUGUUUAUCUGCAAAAGGAUGUCACUGGCUUAUUUAGUCACCAAGCUCUCCUCUGUCCCUGAGAGCCUCCACUUCUGCCAAGAUGUGGAGAUCUGGAGUCAAGGCCAUCCUGGCCUCCUGCGAGAACAGACUUGAUCAACCCCCAGUGCAGAUUCACUGAACCUUCUGGAGGGUCAGGGGUCCAGGAGUUAAACAAGUGCCCCAGGUGAUUCUGAUGCCCUGGACAUUGAGAGCUGCUGGCUCCUGAGUGAGCCCAGGAAUCAGUGUUGACCUAAGAUGAGAUAAUGGCUUCAGGUGGCUCCUGCCCUCCCUGGUAUCUCCUGCCUCAAACCCCCUCACCCACCCAGUGCUUCAGCCCCACAGGCCUGAGAAAGACUUCUGAAGUCCACCCCACCCAGGUUCCCGAAGGCCCUGCCAUGACCUGGGGAGUCAACAGAGCACUCGGUCCAAGGCCUCAUGGACAAAUGAUGGUUUAGGACAGAGAUCCGCAAACUACAGUCUGUGGACCAAGUCUGGCCACUGCCUAUUUUUGUAAAUAAAGUUUUAUUGGAACACA